UUUCGAACAGACAUGGGCACCCCGCUGAUGGGUGUGAUCUGACAGCAGCGACGUCACAUUCCUCUGCCGUGUGAACAGAAUUUUCUUCUCUUGUGAGGAAAAGCCGGAUUUCACUUUUAUCCACUUGAGUUUUCCCUAUUGCUCUAGUUAGUUUCCUUCCUUGGUUGAUUGCUCUAAGCAAAAAUGGGUCUCAAGGGAUGCCAAAUUAUUCUCGACAACCCCUGGAACACCUACUAUGCUGGCCAGACAAUCAAUGGCAAAGUUGAGUUCACCUUCGACUCUCCCAAGAAAGUUCGUGGGAUUAUCAUCCGUUUUCUUGGGGAGGCUAAUACCUCAUGGGAGGAACGUGAAAAACGCCAGGAUAGUGAGGGAAAGGAGACUGAGGAGGUGACUCAUCUAAGUGGCCAUGAGGAAUACUUCCAAAUUCAAUACUACCUCCUUGGUGGAAAGAAUAGUGCGGAGGUUGAACUUGAGGCUGGCACACAUACCUAUCCUUUCACUUGUGCUCUUCCACCAACCCUUCCGUCUUCCUUUGAGGGCGAAUGGGGCCAUGUACGCUACACUGUAAAAGUUACACUCGAUCGACCCUGGAAAUUCGAUCAGGAGAGCAAAAUGGCAUUCACGGUGAUCUCUCCGGUGGAUCUGAAUCUCAAUCCGCGCGUUAAGGAGCAGUUCAAAUUGGAUCUGGAGAAGUCUUUCUGUUGUCUGUGCUGUCGCUCAGGUCCCCUAUCCACUAUUGUCAUUGUUCCCGUGACGGGAUUUGUGUCUGGACAGGUGAUUCCUAUUACGGCCGAAUGUGACAAUGCUAGCAAUGUGCAAGUAACCGGCAUGAAGGUUUACAUGCGUAAGAUAAUCUCCUUCCACACCCAUACACCUCGCCGAGAGACCAAGAAGGACAAGGUAAACAUCUCGGAAGUGUCUGGAGGUGCCACAGAACCCGGUGGUUCAAACACUUGGACAUUCAAGUUGGAAAUUCCACCACUUCCACCAUCGAAUUUGGUCAAUUGUGGCAUCAUUGAUGUUGAUUACGAUCUCAAGAUUGUCGUGGAAGUGGCUGGAGCUCAUAGAAAUCUCGAAGGAAAGAUUCCCAUAACUCUGGGUACAGUUCCAUUGGCGGAAUUUAAGUCCCCUGCACCCUAUAAGGACGAACCACCGCAGGAUCCAUCGAUGUUGCCUACUCAGCCCGUGAGUCCAGCCAGUCCUCCAGAGACAGGAGGAGCACUCGGAUGGUCAAUCACUGACUCUGGCGGUCAUCAAUUAUAUCCCAAUAUUCCUCCGCCAACAUUUGCCGAGAGCUCCUACAAAUCUCCAAGUAUCGCCAACAAGGAGGACAACGAAUACACAAGAUUCGUGGGUGAUAAUUUUGCUCCCAGAUACCCAACGUAUGCAUUUAAUCCAACUGCUCCUCCUCCAGCCAAUCUUUAAAAAUCUCAAAACUCAACGUCUUUGUAUUCUUUCUUUAUACUCAUUUUGAGGUCUAUCUCUUAGAUUUUAGGCUAAAACUUUACCUUUAAAUUGCACAAUUUACUGCACAAAGUGUCCUCAAGGUGUCCUCGAGAGUGUACACUCAUACACACAUAAUUCAACAAAAGUUAAUUAUGAUUAGAGUUAAACGAACGAAAAGUUGAUUAUGUCAGCAGAAUGGUGUCUUUUUCGCUUCAAUCAAAUUUGGGAAUAGGAUCUAUUAUUUUUACACAAGAGUGCUAACAGUAGUGAUUAAGAAAACAAUUAACAAGAUUAAUUAUUAAAAAAAAAAGAUACAUUACCGAAAUCUUCCGUUACUGCUUGAUAGUUCUUAUUUGAUGAGUGCCUCAAAAAACGUUGAAUAACAAUUCGAUGAUAAAUUACAACUUUGCUAGUCAAGAGAUAUGGAUAUUUCAUAGAGAUAUGAAAUUUACAAUUUUUGCAAUAACAUUUUUGGAUACGAUCAAAAUUGCAGAGAAAUAUUUGUUGUUUAUUCUCAUAAAAAAAAACAUUUGUAGAAAAUAAAAUAAAGAGUUAAGAGAA